AUGGACAAUUCAUCAUGCAAUAUGCCAGACACUUGCAAUUGCAGCAUAGCAUCUGGUGAAGAGAUAGAUCAAUCCGGAGAAGUUAUUCCUUGUAGAAUCUAUGAGCAUUUCUACCAAACAAUAGCACUCAGCAAGCAUGCCAUGAUCGGAGGCAGACUUGUGGCGGUGGCGCGUGAAGAGAACGGGGAUGGAGGAUCGUCUGCAGAGGUCUAUGGUAGUGAGAAGGCGAGGGAGGAUGGGUUGGACCAUGGAGGAGAAGUAGUUUUGGACAUCGAUGACUAA